AACCCCGACAUCGUCCUGGUGCACUAUUUGAACGUCCCGGCCAUCGAGGACUGCGGUAAGCCAUGCGGCCCCAUCCUCUGCUCCAUCAACACCGACAAGAAGGAGUGGGCAAAAUGGACGAAAGAGGAGCUCAUCGGGCAGCUGAAACCCAUGUUCCACGGCAUCAAGUGGACCUGCAGCAAUGGAAACAGCAGCUCAGGCUUCUCUGUGGAGCAGUUGGUGCAGCAGAUCCUCGACAGCCACCAGACCAAGCCACAGCCUCGGACCCACAACUGCCUCUGCACUGGCAGCUUGGGAGCGGGCAGCAGCGUGCACCACAAAUGCAACAGUGCCAAACACCGUAUCAUCUCGCCGAAGGUCGAGCCGCGGACGGGGGGCUACGGCAGUCACUCGGAGGUACAGCACAAUGACGUGUCCGAGGGCAAGCACGAGCACGGCCACAGCAAGGGCUCGAGCCGCGAGAAGAGGAACGGCAAGGUGGCCAAGCCCGUCCUCCUGCACCAGAACAGCACGGAGGUCUCCUCCACCAACCAGGUGGAGGUGCCGGACACCACCCAGAGCUCCCCCGUGUCCAUCAGCAGCGGGCUCAACAGCGACCCGGACAUGGUGGACAGCCCCGUGGUCACCGGCGUGUCCAGCAUGGCUGUGGCCUCCGUGAUGGGGAGCUUGUCCCAGAGCGCCACGGUGUUUAUGUCUGAGGUCACCAACGAGGCCGUGUACACCAUGUCCCCCACCACCGGCCCCAACCACCACCUCCUCUCGCCCGACGCCUCUCAGGGCCUCGUCCUGGCCGUGAGUUCCGACGGCCACAAGUUCGCCUUCCCCACCACGGGCAGCUCGGAGAGCCUGUCGAUGCUGCCCACCAACGUGUCCGAAGAGCUGGUCCUCUCCACCACCCUCGAUGGUGGCCGGAAGAUUCCAGAGACUACCAUGAACUUUGACCCUGACUGUUUCCUCAAUAACCCAAAGCAGGGCCAGACGUACGGGGGCGGAGGCCUGAAGGCGGAGAUGGUCAGCACCAACGUCCGGCACUCGCCACCAGUGGAGAGGGGCUUCAGCUUCACCACCGUCCUCACCAAGGAGAUUAAGACCGAGGACACCUCUUUUGAGCAGCAGAUGGCCAAAGAAGCGUACUCCUCCUCGGCGGCAGCCGCGGCAUCCAGCUCCCUCACCUUGACCGCCGGCUCCAGCCUCCUGCCGUCAGGUGGUGGCCUGAGUCCCAGCACCACCCUGGAGCAGAUGGACUUCAGUGCAAUAGACUCCAACAAGGACUACACGUCCAGCUUCAGCCAGACGGGCCACAGCCCCCACGUCCACCAGACCCCUUCCCCGAGCUUCUUCCUGCAGGACGCCAGCAAGCCCCUCCCCAUCGAGCAGAACGCCCACAGCAGCCUGAGCGACUCCGGGGGCACCUUUGUGAUGCCCACAGUGAAAACGGAGGCCUCAUCCCAAACCAGCUCCUGCAGCGGCCACGUGGAGACAAGGAUAGAGUCCACUUCGUCCCUCCACCUCAUGCAGUUCCAGGCCAAUUUCCAGGCCAUGGCUGCCGAAGGGGAGGUCACCAUGGAGACCUCGCAGGUGGCCGAAGGGGGUGAGGGCCUGAUGAAGUCUGGGGAGCUGCAGGCCUGUAGCUCCGAGCACUACCUGCAGCCCGAGACCACGGGGGUGAUCCGCAGCGCCGGCGGGGUCCCCAUCCUCCCGGGCAACGUGGUGCAGGGACUCUACCCCGUGGCCCAGCCUGGCCUCGGCAACGCCUCCAACAUGGAGCUCAGCCUGGACCACUUUGACAUCUCCUUCAGCAACCAAUUCUCCGACCUGAUCAACGACUUCAUCUCUGUGGAGGGGGGCAGCGGCACCAUCUACGGGCACCAGCUGGUGUCGGGGGACGGCGCGGCGCUCUCCCAGUCGGAGGAUGGGGCCCGCGCCCCCUUCGCCCAGGCGGAAAUGUGCAUCCCCUGCUGCAGCCCCCAGCAGGGGAGCCUGCAGCUGAGCAGUGCCGAGGGCGGGGCCGGCACCAUGGCCUACAUGCACGUGGCUGAGGUGGUCUCCGCCACCCCGGCGCAGGGCACGCUGGGGAUGCUGCAGCAGAGUGGACGGGUGUUCAUGGUGACCGACUACUCCCCGGAGUGGUCUUACCCGGAGGGAGGAGUGAAGGUUCUCAUCACAGGCCCAUGGCAAGAAGCCAGCAAUAACUACAGCUGCCUGUUCGACCAGAUCUCAGUGCCUGCGUCCUUGAUUCAGCCCGGGGUUCUGCGCUGCUACUGCCCAGCCCACGACACUGGUCUUGUGACCCUACAAGUUGCCUUCAACAACCAGAUCAUCUCCAACUCAGUGGUGUUUGAGUACAAAGCUCGGGCCCUGCCCACACUCCCCUCCUCCCAGCAUGACUGGCUGUCAUUGGACGAUAACCAGUUCAGGAUGUCCAUCCUGGAGCGCCUGGAGCAGAUGGAAAGGAGGAUGGCUGAGAUGACGGGGUCCCAGCAGCACAAGCAGGGGAGUGGAGGAGGCAGCAGUGGAGGGGGCAACGGGACUGGGAAUGGAGGAAGCCAAGCUCAGUGCGCUUCUGGCCCUGGGACGCUGGGCAGCUGCUUCGAGAACCGUGUGGUUGUCGUGUGUGAGAAGAUGAUGAGCCGAGCCUGCUGGGCCAAGUCCAAGCACUUGAUCCAUUCAAAGACUUUCCGCGGGAUGACCCUCUUGCACCUGGCUGCCGCGCAGGGCUACGCCACCCUCAUCCAGACCCUCAUCAAAUGGCGCACAAAGCAUGCAGAUAGCAUUGAUUUGGAACUGGAAGUUGACCCGUUGAAUGUGGACCACUUCUCCUGUACUCCUCUGAUGUGGGCAUGUGCUCUAGGGCACUUAGAAGCUGCUGUCGUUCUGUACAAGUGGGACCGUCGGGCCAUCUCUAUUCCUGACUCUCUAGGAAGGCUGCCUUUGGGAAUUGCCAGGUCAAGGGGUCAUGUGAAAUUGGCAGAGUGUCUGGAGCACCUGCAGAGAGAUGAACAGGCUCAGCUGGGGCAGAACCCCAGAAUACACUGUCCUCCAAGUGAAGAGCCUAACACGGAUAGCUGGAUGACCCAGUGGCACAGCGAAACCAUCGGCUCUCCAGAAAUACCCAAAGGAGUCACCGUUAUUGCAAGUACCAAUCCAGAGCUGAGAAGACCUCGUUCUGAACCCUCUAAUUACUACAGCAGUGAGAGCCACAAAGAUUAUCCAGCUCCCAAAAAGCAUAAAUUGAACCCUGAGUACUUCCAGGCAAGGCAGGAGAAGCUGCUCUCCACUGCACUGAGCCUGGAACAGCCAAAUAUCAGGAAGCAGAGCCCUAGUUCUAAGCAGUGUGUCCCCGAGACAAUCAGCCCCAGUGAAGGAGUGAGGGACUGCAUCCGGGAAACCUCCCCUCCCACUCCAGAGACUGCAGGAUUCCAAGCCUCUGGAUCUCAGCCUGUAGUAAAGUGGAAUUCCAAAGAUCUUUACAUUGGUGUGUCUACAGUGCAGGUGACUGGAAAUCCGAAGGGGACCAGUGUAGGAAAGGAUGCAGCACCUUCACAGGUGCGUCCACGGGAACCAAUGAGUGUCCUGAUGAUGGCUAACAGAGAGGUGGUGAAUUCAGAGAUGGGGUCCUACCGCGAUAGCGCAGAGAGCGCAGAAUGCUCACAGCCCAUGGACGAUAUUCAGGUAAGCGCCGACAAGGUAAGCCUGCAGAGGCCGGGGCGUCCGUAG